CACGGUAACCCACUCAAAGGCCUCAGUUUCCAACUGAACGCAACCCGCCAGUUAAUUUAGUGAACGAAUCAUUGGCGCUCACGACUUCACCUUCAGUAGCAUUUCGAGGAGAAGAAGGACCUCUCACUAGAAGAAGGACCUCUCAGGUGUGAGGAAAGACCAGGUAAACGAUAGGCAAGUCAAUGAGACGAAUCGAUAAUCGAAUAAUAUCGGAUUUUGAAAAACCUUGUAGCGAGGGAAUUCGACACUUCACUAUGGCGAAGACCCUGGUGUUGCUUGUGGGAUGCAUCGCUUUCUGUUCAUCUGCUCGAGCAGAAUACGAAUUCCGGACUUCUGAGGGUAAUGAAACGGUUGCCUUCAGACUACAAAACGGAAGUACUAUUAUACUAGCAUUUUGGACCAGUGACACAAAUCCCUCAUUCACCAUUGAAGUGGAAAAGGCCUCAGUUUGGAAAGAUGAUUGGCCAUACCAAGACAAGAACUCUCCAAUCGAACCAAAGAUGUGGCAUUUAUUUUGGAUUUCUUUAGUGAAUUCGAUGGUGCGCUUAAGUCUACCAUUGAAGGAUGUUGAAAUAGACCCGAUGGUAAAAAACGUGACCAUAAUCAUCAGGAGCUCGAAAAGGAUCCAUUGGCAACACUGCCCCGACAUUCACAGCUGUUAUCUUCCCAUGGCAGAAGGAUGCACAGAGUUAGCAUUAGCAAUCUCAGUGCCCAUCUGUUGUGUCUGUGUGACGGUAGUGAUAACACUGGCGGUUUACUUCACCCAGGGCAAAAAGUCACCUGUGAAUGACAGUGGUCAAAAUAACAAAGAAGAGGAACCCUUCUAUGAGGAUGUCGCUCUGCCUUCCAUACAAAAAGGCAACACUGAGACCAUCAACCCCCUCUAUGUAUCUGUGAGUCACGGAGUAUGGUCAGGCAAUAUGGUCACAGAAGAUGGUCACAGAAGAUGGUGAGGCAAUGUGGUCACAGAAGAUGGUGAGGCAAUAUGGUCACAGAAUAAGGCGAGGCAACGUGGUCACGGAAUAUGGUGAUGCUAUAUGAUCACAGAAUAUGGUGAGCCAAUAUGGGGCUAAUGUUUUGUUAUUGGAGAUUAUAUUUCAGUAGCUCCCCAAGAAAAGGCUUGUCUUCACUUUGCAGUGCAGACAUUGUUAUUCAUUCCAUGUAAGAUCUGAGGAAUGUGGAUCAUAUUGCUACAGGAGUUUAAACUUACUUAGAUAAAGCAAGCAAUGAACAUAUACUAAGAAGAAAUGCUGGAUACUUGACCAGUAAUAAUAAUAAAAAAAACUUACAUAGAAUUUUAGGACAUAAGCAAAUUUUCAGUAACAGACUUCUCAGGAUAUUUUGGCCCAUAUGAACACCAGUGAACAACUGAUGCGUUUGUGGACAAAUGAGUCAACUGUUCCUGUAUAUGAAAGUGUCUGAGAAUCAACACUCGGAUAACAGUGAGUGAAACAGGAAAAUCCGAGGAUUCAAGAGAAAAAAGGUUUACUAUAAUAUGAGCAAUUCGAGGUAGAGUUACCAUUAAUUCAAAGAUCAAGAUCAACAUGAGAUUUUCUAAGUCUAUCGCCCCUGAUUCCUUGUUUGAAAAGACAAUUUGACCUAAUCUUUAAAAGUCAUAAUGUUAUAGUUCCUUCCUAGCUUUUUCAUGGUUCAAAGCUUAAUUAUUUUACCGUGUAAGUCGUAAUGGGACAUAUUUGUUUAUGAACACAGCUUUUAACUGCUUGAUACAUAGUGUAUUGCAUUCUGAUUUCCACAACUUGACGUUUUGUGAAUUCAAGCCUUAAUUUAUAGUGUUAAGCUGAUGUUUGUUGAUUGCUAUUUCAUGUUUUGAUAUGCCUAUUUUUUAUUUAUAUCACCGGUGGAUUAGGUAGACUUUUAGCCAUCACGGGCAUUUGCUUGCAUGAACAGCUCUUAGUUCAGUCUCAAAUUUCUUCAGGUCUAC